AUGGAGAAAGUACGAAAGGCCAUCGUCAUCGGAGGCGGCCCUGCCGGCCUCUCGACCGCACUCCGACUCCACCAAACGACGGACAUAUCCUGCACCGUCUACGAGCUUCGGCCGGAGCCGACAACUCUCGGAGGAGCCAUAGGCAUCUUCUCCAACGGGAUGCGUCUCUUCCACCGGUUGGGACUACACGACGAGUUGCUCUCCCGCGGGAGCAGCCACUCGCGAUUCGUCCUGCACUCGCUGCAGGGGAGCAUCCUCGGCGAGCAGGACAUGGUGGGCGCCGCGCGCGAGACCAUGGGCUUUGGGUACCUGCGCAUCAAGCGGACAGAUCUGCUCGACGUCUUGCUCCGAGCUACGACCAAGGCGCGCAUACCAAUCCACUAUGGCAAGCGCAUCACGGCCAUUCAAGACUCGAGCAGCGGCGUCACAGUCACCUUCUCGGACGGCACGACCGACUCGGCCGACAUCCUGCUCGGCUGCGACGGCAUCCACUCCUCCGUCCGCAAGCUGUACGUCGACCCCGCGCAGGAACCCGUAUACUCUGGCUUUGCCGGCUACGGCUCCAUCAUCCCCAUCACCGCACUGGGCAGCAACGCCACCGCAACAGCCUCGCAAGUGCGCGGCAUCGACGCGACGCUCACCCAAGAAGGCGCCUUUGCGGCCAUGAGCUGCUCCGCCGCAGACGACGAGCUCUACUGGGCCUUUUCCGGCCAGGUGCCCGUGCCGGAGGCGGGCGACACGCGCGACGGGUGGGAGGUGCGCCGCAAGGAGGAGGUGGACGGCUUCAAGGCCUCGAUGCUGCAGGUGCUGGGCGGCGCGAGCGGCGACUGGGCCACUUUGAUGCGCCGCGUCGUCGAGGCGACCGAUGUGGUCAAGUUCUACCCCGUAUUUAAACUGCCGCUCGGAGGCGCCUGGUCGAGGGGCCGCUGCCUGCUGCUUGGGGAUGCCGCGCACGCGAUGCCGCCGCAUGCCGGGCAGGGCGUGAGCAUGGCGCUGGAGGAUGCGUUUCUGGCGGCGCGGCUGCUCAAGGAUCUUCCCUUGGCGCAACAGCAGCAGCUGGACGACGCGUUUGCGACGUAUGACCGUGUCAGGAGGCCGCGUGUGGACGAGAUUGCCAAGAAGGCGGCGAGUAAUGCCGACGUGAGGAAGAAGACGGGCCCGGUUGGGCUAAGGAUCAAGGAGUGGGUGAUUUGGGCGUUUCUGUGGGUGGCGUGGGCGACGGGGCGGCAGAGCGUGGGUGUUGAGCAGCGGCACUUGGUGUAUGACAUUGACGCGGCGAAGCUCUAG